GCGCUUCUUCCCGGCGGCCCCCGCGGCGGCGGCGGCGGCGGUUGCCGGGCAGCGGCGAGGCGAUGAGGCGGGAGCGGGCCAAGGGGGUGCCCCCGCGCCGGGCCCGCGCCCCCCCCGCGCCGCGGCCCGUGCCCGCCGCCACCAGCCUCCCGCCGCUCGUGGCCGGGCCGCCGCGCGGCCUCCUCGCCGUCACAGUAGGCCGCGUCGUGUGGGCCGGGCCCGCACCCCCCGCCAUCGCUGCCGCGCUCUGCCUGCGCUGGUGGGGCGACGCCUCGGCCGGGACCUUCUUCCGCGCCGGGCCCGGCCGCAGCCAGGCCCGCUUCCCCGUGCGCUGCGGGCCCGCGCAGCUCGCCGCCUACCUCGCAGAUAUGGGUGCUCUCGUACUAGAGGUAAUCACCAAACCUGACCAUCUUCCUAUCGGCAAAGUUCAAAUUAAUGGAUUGUCACAGCUCUCUCCAAGCAAUCCAAUCAGUGGAUUUUUCACCAUUGUUUCACCAACGUCUGAGAAACUAGGAGAAGUGCAGAUAUCGUUAGUUUUGGAACCAUUCCCUGAAACCUAUGACAAGAGCAGCUCUCUCCCAACCACAGAUGCAAGUAAAGAUAUUAUCUCAUGUGCUAAGGGAACCAGAGGGAUGAGUGAAACCAGCAAGCCUCAGUUUCUAGCUCCACCACAAACAUACAGGCCUCCUGGGAUGUGUGUUACUGGAAGAGAGUCUGCCGACAGCAGCAGGGCUGCAACUCCUAGAGGAAAGGACCACUUGUUCUUCCAAGAGAAUUCUGAGAACAUAAUGGACAGUUUCUUUGGAUCUCAGAUUUUACCAGAUGAAACCUUAAAACCAAAUCCUUCAGAGCAGCAAACGGCAUUUCCCAAUGGUUCUGAUUUUGAGACACAAGCUAGAACAACCAUAGGGAGCCACGGUAAGGCAUGGGUACUGCCUCUGCACAGCCCAGUUACAAAAGACCUUCUGUCAGCUCUCCUGGAUCAGGGCAAUAAACUCUGCAAUGCUAUGGCCGUCUCUGCAAUGAAAUCCAGCCCAGAUACCAAUGUUGAGCUGAGUGAAUUGCAUCCACCUAUAAAGGGAGAUGCUUUCAAAGCAACAGCAAAGAGCCUUAAAACUUUGAAUUCUGCUGUUGUGUCAGCUGCUGACGAUCCCCUCCUGCUAGCAACUGAGUACCGAAGUCAAGAAUUUGAUCCACAUGCUGAAAGCAGAGCAAUACAGCUCCUGUUGGGCAGUACUGAUUUAUCCUCUGUGCCCUUUUGGGAUGGAACAGGCUCUCCUCCAGAAUCACUGACUGCUGGGAGUGAGCUGUAUGACAGCGAGCCGAAUGACCCUCCCUAUGACCAGAGCCUGCUGGAGAACUUGUUCUACACAGCUCCUAAGUCUGAUACAAGUUUAAGUGACUUCCUCAGCAAUGAUGAAGAUGGUAUAUCCUCUGAAGUAAUCAGGACAAGAAACCUGGUAAAAAAUGACCACAGAAAGGGGUCACAAAAGGCUUUGGAUUCUGGGAUCUGGGAUCAGAAUGAAAGAGCAGCAGAAACAAAACCCAGCUGUUCUGCUAAACUGCAGCCAGGUUCUGAAGCUUCCAUAGGACACUCUAAGAAAGCUCCAGCCAUAAACUUGACUGUGGAUAAACUGGCAUUGCUGGGUCGCAUACAUUUAGCCAGAGUCAUAAUUGAAAGCUUGAAAAUCCCUCCUGAAAGCAGCCAGGCUACACCAGGCAAGAAAAGCUCAGUGAGGAAACCACCAAGGCCAGCAUUAGCUAAAAAGUGCACUUUCUUUGUUGAGUACCACUUUCCAGUGGGAAUCUCCAAGAAUGAAACAGGGCAGGUUUCCAUAGCAACAGAAGUAAUUCGGAUAGCGUCAAGCAAAGUUGCUGGAGAAGUGGUAAAAUUUCAACAGCGAUUUGUGUUCCCUGUGCGUUUUGGUGGAAUGAUGAUUGAGCACUGGUGGAACUCUGACCUGGCUUUCAAAAUCUACAUGAGGAAAAGGACGCAGAAAAAGCCAGUGCUGAUUGGCUCAGCAGCCAUUAAGCUCCGCACAGUUCUCGAGUCAGAGCUGCUCACUGUCAGUUGUGAGCUACCUGUGGAAGAAGAGGGAGGUCAGACUCCACUUGGACCUCUAAAGGUAUUGUUGGAGCUUGCAGCCGAUAACAAAGACUUUGCCAGUGCCAGUGCAAGGUCCGUGAGUGCUGUACAGCAAACCCCAGGUUAUGUCAUAAGAAGUCCGGGGAUGGAAGUAAAAGAAGCUGGCAGGAAUUAUGGAACUGCAGAAAGCCCUCAAUGCUUGAGGUCAAGCAGCCAGGAAUCCUCCAAGAGACUAGAAGUGCCCAGCAGAGAAGUUACGAAGCCCCCACAGUCCAUGUCAGUAUCUGUGUCCCGUAAUUUAAUGACACAAGUAAAUGCCUCUGAAGAGGCUGGGUUGCUGCUGCAUGUACUGUUGAUGGUGCCAGAUGGGAAGGAUUUUAUUGCUGGAGACUUUGGAAGCCAUAGUUCCUGUAAUGUCUAUUUAAACUGCAAGCUGUUCAGCACAGAAGCGGCUACAAGAUCUGCUGUCGUAUGGGGCACAACACAGCCUGCCUUUAACUUCUCUCAGGUGAUGCCUUUUUCAUUGACUCCCAAACACUUGGAGAGAUUGAAGAACAAUGUGAUGGUCAUUGAAGCCUGGAACAAGAUGGGAAACCCAGGAUGUGACAGACUGCUGGGACUGGUGAAGCUUCCUCUGCAUCAGUUUUACAUGUCAUUCAAAGAUCCUCAAAUUUCUCGCCUGCUGCUUCAAGCCCAGUAUCCCGUAGUUGCAGUGGACAGCUAUAUGCCAGUGAUGGAUGUUUUCGCAGGCAGGAGAAAUGGAAGCCUCCGGGUGAUCUUGGCAAUGGGCUCAGCUGAUCAAAUAGUGGCACUCCAGAGACUGAAAAGUGAAGACAGCAUGGUAGCUCCUGUUAUGCAGCGUCCUGCCCACUCUCUGGAUCCUCUCCCUACAAACCACUCAGUGCAGCUAGAGAGAGAAAGGGAAGGACUGAUGGAGCACAUAUUUGAGAUCCACGUGGAGAAAGUGAAAGGACUCACGCCCUUACAGUCCACAGUGUGGGGAGAGGCCGACUGUUAUGUGCAGUACCAUUUUCCCAUUCAGGAGCCAUACUCCAGUGUGUUACAAGCGACUGAAUUACAUGAAAAUGGCAUUCGAUUAAAACCCUUUCGCUCAGCAACUACUUUGUGCAUCCCUGAUCCCGUCUUUAAUGAUGAACAUCGUCACUCCUUGUUGGUGCCAGCAGAUGUCCCAGUGCAGAGGCUACUCCUCAGUGCGUUCUCUACGCAAGGAUUAACUGGUGGAGGAGGAAUCCACUUUGAAAUCUGGUGCAGGUAUUAUUAUCCUAAUGUCCGGGACCAGAUGGUUGCCAGAGGGACCUUGCCAUUGUCUCGCCUGUGUGCCAUGGUGACCAUGCAACAUCAUGAAGAGAUAGGAGUACAGACCUUUAAUCUUCCCCUAGUCCCAAGAAGUGGUUGCUCAGAGGAAUUCCAGCCACGGUCCUCGGGCUUGCUUGAUGUGAGUGUGAGAUACAGGCAUUCCUUAAAAACAGCAGAGGGAGUAAUCGCUGCUCACGCCAUUUCGAUUUCAGUGCAGAUACACAGAGCAGCUGGCUUGCAGGCAGCAGCCAGAGCGGUGGCAGAAAAGAACCCUUUGGUCCAGUACAGUGCAGAAGUGGGGGUUAAUGCUUAUGUCUCUAUGCACCUUUCCUUCUUACCGGAGGGAGAGAGGCGCACCACACGGACCGUGGCACACACGUUCUGCCCAGAGUUUGAACACCACGUUGAGCUGCCUUGUAACCUCGUCAUUCAGAGAAGCAGCGGGGAGGCAUGUUCGCUGGGGGAGCUCCUGCAGUCUGCAGAGAUCAUCUUCUCCAUCUACCACCAGAGCACUGAGUCAGCCACUGAUGUAAUGAAAAUUCAAGCAUCAAGGGACUACCUGCUUGGAAUAGUCAGGGUUCCGACCAAAGACCUGUUGGUGAAGAGAUCGGGUAUUACAGGAUGGUGCCCAGUGACUCUUCCUGAGGAUUUGGUGCCUUCCCAGUGCACAAACUUCAUGCAGACCAUAGUGGGAGGGCUAGAAGUUUCUGUUACCUUUGCUCAUCAUGACGACAGAGAACGUGUUGUGGAGGCUGCUAAGCUUCUGGCCUGGAAUGGGGAAGAAAACCAUGAAGACAGUCUGGAUGAUAGCGAUGAAUGGCAGCUGAGCAAAAACCCUGCCACUGUGACCGUUUCUACUCCUCGAGUGUGGCUGCCCAUCCACAGUAUGUUACUUGCGGGCCAGACACACAUAAACAAAAGCACCUACUGCUAUCUCAGGUACAAGCUGUAUGAUCAAGAAGCCACAUGGACUUCCCUUAGAAGGCCAAAAGUAACUGAAGAUGAAAAACAGGUUACAGCAGUGUUCAAAAACACACACGAGGCUGAGCUGACAAGGAGCCAACCGCUGCUGUGGUACUUCAGAGAGGAGAAGCUAGAAAUCCAAGUGUGGCGGGCUUAUGGAAAAGAGCCUGGUGUUGAAAGACCCCUAGAUACAGAUCGCCUCAUUGGGUCUGCCUAUGUGGACCUUACAGCACUCUCAGAGAGAACAAGGAGAAUACUGACGGUUAGCGGUGUUUAUCCGCUCUUCCGGCGAAACGCAUCAAACCUAUCAGGAGCUGCUAUCCGAGUUCACAUCGUACUUGCUUCCACUCCUGCCUGUGUUACUCCUGUUAGUGGACUUCACUGUGCAGAAGAAGGCAGUCAGAGUGAGGACGAAGGCACGGAGAGAGUUCCCGACACAGAUCAGCCAGCCUUGGGAAAUCACAGUCGGAAACUGGACUUUGCAAGCUCAGAAACACCGAAUGGGAAACCGGUUGAGGAAAUUCCCACGGUGCAUCAGGAAAACACCUUUAUGGUCUCUGUCCUUGUGGAAAGGGCAAUGCACUUAAGCUUAAAAGGGAGUCCUAUCACUGAACGUGGAGUAACAACGCCCAGCAGCUACGUGUCGUUUGCUGUUGCCGAUGCAGAUACUCCAGUCAUGACCACAAUAAUAGAAAAUACAGACUCACCAGUGUGGGACUUCCAGCAGCAAGCAAGACUGUCCAAAGAACUUCUUCUGGAUCCACAGCAAACCCUGGUCUUUAAAGUAUGGCAUAAAGCAGAUGUUGAACGAGUGAUAGGAUUUGCAUCUGUGGAUCUUUCUCCCCUGCUUUCUGGUUUCCAGCUAGUCUGUGGGUGGUACAAUAUUACAGACCUGAGUGGACAAUGCAGAGGGCAGAUGAAAGUAGCUAUUUCCCCUCUUGAAAGUAUAAUUCAACUCAAAGAAGAAAGGCAGGCCAGGAUUCGGACCAAAGCAUCCGCCUCUGCAAUCCCUGUGCACAGUCCCUUCUCCUUCCAGGCAAGGGCCUUGUGCACCGCAUUUCCCAGUGAUGUUCCAAGAUGCUCUGAGCCGCUAUUGACCACUUCCUCCGAUGGCAGGGAUUUUACUGCUCAGGAGCGCAGAUGUAGUCCUUCUGGGACAUGGACCCCUCGUCAUGAAGAGCACAUGCAAAAUGUUCGCAGGUUCCAUGAAUCGUUACAGCAAGCAGAAGGGAAUGCACAGCGGGCUGGAAGAUUUUAUUCUCUGUCACAUUCUUCACGGGCCUCGCUUCUUACUGCCCUUAGAAAAAACUUGAGCGAGCUGGAUGAGAUUCAACGAUAUUUCAGCAAGAAGUUAACCAGGUCUUUCCCUGACCUCGGCUAUGGCAGCACAGCCAGCAGAAAUCAGGAAUGGCAGGAUGGCGAUCAGCAGGGAUCCAUGACCAGGAUGGUGGAUGCUGAUGGAUGCCAGCUUUUGGAAAAAUCCAGUCACUUGGUCUCUCAAGUCAGCACCCUGAUCAAUGAUUUGCAGACUAUAACUAAAAAUGCCAAAGAAUCUUCAAACGCACUUCAAGGCCAUAGCAGAAAUUCAGGUGCUAAAUAUCACCAUGUCAUCCCGGACCAUAAAGAUGAAGCAGUCAGAACCAAGAUGCACCAGAGCCAACUUCAAAUGGAACAAUCAAGUGGUUAUGAUAAUGCCACACUGCACUUACUCCCUUCUGGAAGGUCCCCAUUUGAAAGAGGCAUGCUGUAUGAAUUUCUAGGCCAAACAGCCUCUGAAAAUGAGCAUCCCUUAUCAAUGGCUAACAGAACAGAAGAGGAGGCUUGUGUCAUUGAGUCCCAUAGUGAUGAAGAGUAUGAAGAGGAUGUCAUAGAACCAAGGACUCUGAACGAGAUAACUACAGUAACUGAUAAAACCAGUCCCUGGUCCAGUCUUGCAUCUGAAGUGGAGCAGGGUCCCAGCGAGGAACUGGUACACGUGAAUAAUGAAGGCCAGCACCCAGUGGAUAAUGGAAGUUUACAGAAAAGAGAGAAUAGAAGAAGCAGCUCUUUGUCAAGUAUGCUAGAGGAUGACCACCACAGCCUGCCCAGCACUGCAAGAUCAUUUGUUAGCCCGUAUACAGAAGAGAGUGAGGUACAAACAAUGGGAAAAGGCCUUGAAAGUCCAAAUAAUAGUAUCAGAGCGGCUGAUUUGGAGGAGUUUCAGGCUGCUUGUUUAUCAGAAACACAUCAAGCAGAUGAUUUGGAAGAUGAGAGCACCGAGCACAUUGGAGCAUUGGAAGUCCAGCAAGCAGAACGAGACACAGAGUUUUGUGUAGUCUCUGGAGAACCAUUGACUUUUCCAGACAGUAGAGACUUUGCCGUAGCCAAACCCUCCGGCAUAGAGAGAGAAGAGAAAAUUAGUGUGGAUUUAGAUGUGGGUGAUCAAAGUGAGGAAGGAAGUGUUUCUGAGAAAACGUAUAUUAAAAGUUUGUCAUCAGAGACUGAGGCUGCAAGAGACAGUGGUAGCUGCUCUGAUGAGAUCCUACAUGAAGAAUCAGAAAAGCCUGUGAAAGCUAGUGUUGUGCUACCUGAUCCUGUUGCAAUUCCCAACUUCUUCCUUCCACCCCAGCACUUGGAGGUCUCCAUGAGAAUGCUCAAUGCUUCUUCUCAGCCAUCUGCCAUGGCUCCUGACGAAGUGACAGGCUCCUGCAGCGCCGUACCUCUCCGAAUGAAGGGUGUCAUUCAGAGCUGGAUCCCGGGAGCGAGUGUUUCUCCGUGACACUGCUCUGGACGGAAGUUUCCAGCGCUACUGCUGAAACAGCCCGUGGUGUCAGGCCACGAUCCACCACAGGCUUCAGGAAGGGGCUGACCCCCACCUCGGCGUAAGUGUACAUCUUGCAGCAAGAGCCUCCUGCCCCUCUCAUUGCAGUCUGUGCUGUUGCAGCGUAUGGAGGGAUGAGGGCAGGAUUGUUCCUGACCUACGUCCUCCCAGCAGCAUCCCAUACUGGGGCAGAGUGGAGUCGGGGGCCUUGAUCUUUCCCAUAGGGACAGCCUAGGGAGAAGUCUCUCACUGCAGAGGUGGCCACGGGAGCUCAGGCUUCUCCCCAGCAGAGCCCUUGGGGGCAGGUUAUUUCUGGUCUGUUAUUCCCGGAGGGUGCAGAGGCACGGCGGAGAGUACAGCCUGCAGGGCAGAGCACUCUCCAAACCUGGCCCCACUGCCCCGCUCAGGGCGAGCGAGCAUGUGCAUCGCAUAGCAGAGGCGUAUCGGCUGGAGGGAGCCCGGCAGCGGAGCUCCACAUACGCCCCUGGAGGAAACGGCUUCCAAAACAGCCAUCUCCAAACUAAACGGCCUCGUUCGCCUCGGGCUCUGACAUGUGGCCACGUGUAGAUGGGGUCUGUGUCUCGUCAUCAGCCUGCACCAGCUAGUGCCUUAUGUGGAAGCUGCCUGCCGCCUGGUACUCUGACCCCCUGCUUCUCCCCACGGUCACUCCUGCUUUGUCCGGUGUCCAGUUGUCCAUGCCUGCUGACCCCCUGGAACCAAGGAAAUGAUCUCUGAGAUUGCCUGGCUGAUGGAUAAUAGCAUCGUAACACAUCAACGGUCCCGUAGGAGCAUCCUGGCCAUCCUUGCCAUGCGACCCACAGGCAGCUGGGGUCCCAGAGGGCUGGUAGAGAUGGAGACCUGUACUGCUACAGUGGCAGGAGUCCUCUCCAUUAGCAACACACAGGCACUGGAACGCCGUUACCUUUCCCGUCUUCUCUGGCAUGCCAAGGAAGUGCGUUAUCCACAGUAUCAAGAGGAAACUACCCUUUCCCUCAUACCCAGCAGUGGGUUUCCCAGUAGAUCUCCUGUAGUGCUGACCUAGGCAGAGCACUCUCCUUGCCCUGGCAAGCAGCAUCCUAAAGGCAUGCAUGAAACCAGGCUACAAG